UUGGGGAAGUAGGUUUGGGUGCGAAAACACGGGGAACCGUUGGUCGCGCGCCGCCUGGGGCCUAUCUCCCACCAGCCGUUAACGGCCAGAGGGCCGCCCCUUUGAAGCCCCUCUCGCUCAGGAGAACGGCAGUGGGCCACGUUCGGCUCUUCUCGAUUGACCUCCCAAGAAGUGGCUUCCCUCUUCACCCUCUUCUCCAGCCUUUAGCAGUGAGAAGUUACUCGGUCAUGUCAACCAGCGGGGAAAACCCUACUGUGACAUCUGAUGAAACCAUUAUUAAGGAUGAGAAGGAUGAAGGUGCCUUUCAGGAAGAAGAAAAUAAAGAUCUGAGAGGAUCUCAGGAGGAUGUUGAAAAAGGUCAGACUUCAGUAGCUGAUGAGGCUGAAACAAAAAAUCCCGGAGAUAUUCCUCGUGAAAUUGAUGAGGUAUACACGUGGGUUGAAAUCCAAAGUUUGAUGGAUGGAUUUGAAGGUCAUACUAGCAGGAUUCUUCUUGAGGUGAUGAAAAGAUUGGGACAAUAUAUUAAAUCUUCACUCCAAAUGAAUACCCAGAAUAUUGGGCAACAUGAGCAAGAAGAAAGGGAAGAGACCGAAGAGGAAUCUUUCCAGAAGUUCCUGAAUGCGUUUCAGGAAGACGACGAGGCAGUUCAGAUAUUCGAGGAUUUGUACAACAGUGCUACUGAGAAAAAGGAAAAUGAAAUCAUUUUGACAAAUGCACAAAAUGAAAUGGAAAAACAUUAGCAUUACAAAGCAAGCUUUUGUCAGACAGGCAGCAGCAGCAAGAAAUGGCAAGUUUCCACAAGUUUCUUCAGUCCAUGUUAUUUUGAUGGCUCUUGGAAGAAAGAACUUGUACCUAAGUAAUAUAUAAUUACAUCCAUUAGCUAAGGGAGAUAUAAGUUGUUGCUGAGGUUUAAAAAGUUUAAGAUGUUAUACCUGAGUUAAGUUUGCAUUUUAUGAAACUGUUAUGCAUAGAAAGCUUUACUGCAAAAAAGCAAUGUCUGUUCCAUAUAAACAUCUGAAAUGCACCUUUUCAUCUACGUAUUAGCAACUCUGCAGUUAACUAUCAGGCCCUUCAGAGUUUUGGUAUUUAUUUUUUCAACAUGAACAAUCUUGCACCAAUAAAGUUUCAGCUGAUUUUA